CCUCCACUUUGCGAACCGCGCUCCCGCGUGACUCCGAUGCCCCCGGGGUGGGCGCCGGCCGCCGGUGGUCUAGACAGGGCUUCGUGGGCAGAGGGGCGGGAGCUGCUCGGCUGGGCGGGGUUGGGGGCCUCGGAGGGCGCCUCCGGGAGCGGGCGUGAGGGGCGCCCUCCGGAGAGUGCCCGGGACAGCGGAGCCUGACGCCCUGGAGCCGGGCCGUAGGACCGCGUGGCGACGGGGCAGGUGUGCGGUCCCAGCCAUGCCCAGCCUCAGAGCUCGCUCUGAAGAGACAGAAAUGGAGCUCUCAGUUCCUGGAACAUCCCCUUGGAUCCCUGCAGCCCAGGCCUGUGUGAGUGAUGCCCCUGCUGUGACCCACGCUGGAUCUGCACUCUGUGAUCCCCACUGCUGUGGCUACACUGAGCCAGGAACCACCCCCCCUCACCAUCAGCAGCCAGAUUGGGACACCAGGACUAAGGGCAAAGAAUUUCUUCAGAAGAAAGAAGCUUCUGAGGAUUUGGAAUCACAGGCAGAAAUAUCAGAAAACUAUACCAGUGAUUUUUUGCAGGCACCUGAGCUUGGAGAACUGUGUAAUGAUGUACUGGAGAGAGAUUGGGGAACCCCUGACAGUGAGAGACGGGUGCAGUCACUCUACCAGGAGGGGGGCUUCACACCAGUGGCAGUGCUCCUUAGGAGCCCCUUAGAGAAGGAGCUGGGCUGUGAUGACUUUGUAAGAAGCUUCAGUCUGAGCCCAAACCCAACAGCAUCUCAGGGAAUUCCUAUAGAAGAAAGGCCACAUCUGUAUGACAUGUGUGGCCACAGCUUCCAACACAGAAUGGACUUAAGUAGCCAUGAGGGGCUUCACGUAGCCGAAAGCCCACUCAUAUGUAAUGAUUGUGGGAAAACCUUCAGAGGAAACCCUGAUCUUAUUCAGCAUCAGAUAAUCCAUACUGGACAGAAGUCCUUCAUAUGCAAUGAAUGUGGAAAAUCCUUCAGCCACAACUUAUUUCUUAAAAAUCAUCAGAGAUCGCAUGUGAGUGAAAAACCCUACCAGUGCAGUGAGUGCAGGAAAACCUUCAGUGUGCACUCAAACCUCACUAGGCAUCAGAUUAACCACAGCGGAGAGAAGCCUUAUGUAUGCAAUGAAUGUGGAAAAGCCUUCAGCCAGAACUCAAGCCUUAAAAAGCACCAGAAGUCUCACAUGAGUGAGAAGCCGUAUGAAUGCAGUGAAUGUGGGAAGGCCUUUAGACGGAGCUCAAACCUCAUCCAACAUCAAAGAAUUCAUUCUGGAGAGAAGCCGUAUGUGUGCAACGAAUGUGGGAAGUCCUUUAGGCGGAGCUCAAAUCUCAUUAAACACCACAGGAUUCACACAGGUGAGAAACCUUUUCAGUGUAAUGACUGUGGGAAAGCAUUCAGCCAGAGCUCACACCUGAGGAAGCAUCAGAGGGUUCACACUGGAGAGAGACCUUAUGAGUGUAAUGAGUGUGGCAAACCAUUCAGCCGGGUCUCCAACCUCAUUAAGCAUCACAGGGUUCACACUGGAGAGAAACCUUAUAAGUGCGGUGACUGCGGGAAGGCCUUCAGUCAGAGUUCAAGCCUCAUUCAGCAUCGGAGAAUUCACACUGGAGAAAAGCCUCAUGUAUGUAAUGUGUGUGGAAAAGCCUUUAGUUACAGCUCAGUGCUCAGAAAGCACCAGAUAAUCCACACAGGAGAGAAGCCGUAUGAAUGUAGCAUCUGUGGGAAGGCCUUCAGCCACAGCUCAGCCCUCAUUCAGCAUCAGGGUGUGCACACAGGUGACAAGCCCUAUGAGUGUCACGAAUGUGGAAAAACAUUUGGUCGGAGCUCCAACCUUAUCCUUCACCAACGAGUUCACACUGGAGAGAAACCCUACGAAUGUACGGAAUGUGGAAAAACCUUCAGCCAGAGUUCAACUCUCAUUCAGCAUCAGAGAAUCCAUAAUGGAUUGAAACCCCAUGAAUGUAACCAGUGUGGUAAAGCCUUCAACCGAAGCUCAAACCUCAUUCACCACCAGAAAGUUCACACUGGAGAGAAGCCGUACACAUGUGUCGAGUGUGGUAAGGGCUUCAGCCAGAGUUCACACCUUAUUCAACAUCAGAUAAUUCACACUGGUGAAAGGCCCUAUAAGUGCAGUGAAUGUGGGAAGGCCUUCAGUCAGCGUUCAGUCCUCAUCCAGCACCAGAGGAUCCACUCCGGCGUGAAGCCCUAUGACUGCUCUGCUUGUGGGAAAGCCUUCAGCCAGAGGUCCAAGUUGGUCAAACACCAGCUGAUCCACACCAGGGAGUGAAACGGAGUACAGCUCCAUUCCUGAUGGCUCUGGCCGUGUCCCAGCCUCACCCACCUGCCAGACUUGAAGCCAGGUUCACUUGCUCCCCUUUACUCCAUCCCACUGUCCACAAAGUCCAGACCCUCCUUCCCCUGCCAUCACUCCUCCUUCCUGUGACUUCUUGUUUCUUGUUUGUUUUGCUUGUACAGUUUGUUAUCAGACUGCCACAGUUGUUAGGAGGGAAAAGAUGAUAGAAGCUGCAUAUUCAUGAAUAGAGUUUAUUACUAUAAUCAAACAGAACCAAAAAAGUAAACUGACAUUUGGUUCAAAAUAACCACAGGAAUUCUUUUCUUUGGUUAUUAGUCAUAGAGUGAACUCUUUUUUUUUAAAGAUUUUACUUAUUUAUUUGACAGAGAGAGUGAGAGAGGGGGCAAGCAGGGUGAGUGGCAGGCAGAGGGAGAAGCAGACUCCUGGCUGAGCAGAGAGCCCCAUGUGGGAUUCAAUCCCAGAACACUGGUGUCAUGACCUGAGCCAAAGGCAGACGCUUAACUCACUGAGCCACCCAGGUGCCCCUAGAGUGAACUCUCUGUCUAUGGUUAUAAUUGAUAUUCUGCUUACAUAAAAUCAGGUCAAGAGUUUUUCAGGUCUGAUUGCAGUCAUCCUUCCCCAGAAGUGGUGUGUACUCAUUACCACCGGUUCCUCACCCUUUCUUGUCCCUCCCAUGUAUUCACUAGAUUGAGGAUUCCUGCCACCUUUCCUUUGUGCCUGAGUCUGAGGUCAUGCUUUCUUACGGUCCCACUUGGGGCUGCUGCACAAUUACACAGGCAGCUGUUUCCUACCCUCUGGCUCUGUGCCGUAUGGUCCUGGCUGUUGGCCGCACAGAGGCCUGUCCUCUCCAUGCCCCUCCUGUUCUCUUCUCAAGCUCCCAGGCUCAGUUUUCUCCCAUGCCCAUUCAUCUCAACGUUUAUGGAGCACCUGUGACUGUCCCUAGUAAGUGGGGACUGGUCCCUCCUGUUUCCCAGAGCUGUGCCCUUCUCCAUGAGCAGUGGGAGUUGUCCCAGAAGCAACACAUCUGCCACCAGAGAGACCCCUGGAUGCCAGCCAGCCAGCCCAUCUCAACUUGGGGAUAUCCUAGGUAGGUGGACAGAGAACCACCUCCUCUGUUUUUCCAGGAAGAAGGGCAUUAAUGGGCAGAUGUAGUCAGGUUUGCAGUUAGCGUAGGAAGGUAGGGGCUUGACGUCUGUGCUGUUGAGGAAGUGGAGGCACAGCCAUCAGUUGCAGUUGAGGAGGGAGAGGUUUGAAGAGGGAAGUGUGGGGAGAGGGCUCAAGGGUACACAGGUCAGGCUUGGGCUACAAUGGGCUGCCUACCCUUCUUUCAGAGGCCAUCGGAGUAACCCAUUACUGCUCACCUCCCCUCCACUUCAGCCCAACCUUCCCAAGGAAACACCCUAGAGAAGAAGCUGCCACAUUCGCAGUGUUGCUGAUAGCACUGCUGUGCUAACCCUCCAUUCCACCCCGUGCAGACCUCCAUCUGUUCACCCUCAUGCUUUCUCACCAUCAGGCAACCCUCCGUGGCUUCACUUUCCCUGUUGUUCAGCUUGGAUUCCAUCCUUUUUUCCAGUAAAUACUUGUGGGAGGCUUACUGCAUGCUAUUUGCUGGGGAUACAGGAAACAAGACAGAAAAACACCUGCCCUUGAGGACUUCACAUUCCAGUGGGUAGAGAAAAUGCCCUAGUGGCUAUGAUUGUCAUGAGGCAAAAGGAAAGCAGGAAAUAGGGUCUGGGUGUUUUGAGGAGUUCUGCUUAAAUGGGGGUUGUCAGGGAAGGCCUCACCAAGAUGUCCUUUGAGUAACAACUUGAAGCAAAUAGAAUGACCAGUGAAGAUGGGAGAUAGGGUAUGACAGCAAGAAUAGCCAGUUUUCUUGGGAAGCCAGAGCUGGGUAGUAAAUUAGGAAUGUGCAGAUUAUGACCUGCUGAAGGAGGAGGCACAAGCCACCCACAUAGGUCACCAAUUAGCUCCCUCAGCAUCCAAGCUCCUGUUUUGGGAAAGUGAAAACCCUGGGGUCUUUUUCAUUGAAGGCACGAUUUCAAUACACUCAAACAAGAAUUAAAUUCACAAGAUUUACUACACAAAGAUCCCAGAAGCAAGGGGGGCACAAUGACCCGGGAGAAGGGCAGUCUACCAUCCCAUGUCAUGAGUGAGCAGGAAAAUGAAAGCAGGGUAGCAAGCACCUGUUACUCUGGAGGUGCUUAGAGUGGAGAUGACCAGCUCAACUCAAGUUGUGAUCUCAAUGUCCACGCUCUGGGUGUGUGUAGGGUUAUCAUAUGGUAAAAUGCCUGGGCAGUAACUGGGAAAAACAAAAGUUUUUGUUUUCAGACAAAAGGCCUGAGGCCUUCUCAGAGGCCCUGAGAAGAAGCAGGCCUAGAGUGUUCAAGAAAUCACAGGUCAGUAUGGCUAGGAGUUGAGUGAGCAGAGGGAGAAGCAGAUGGGGUGGGUGGUAAUGGGCCAUAUCACGAAAGGCCUUAUGGCCAUGACAAGGACUGGCUUUUAUGCUGGGUGAAAUGGGAGAUGCUGGAGGCUUUUGAUAACUCACAUUUGAACAAGGUCAUUGCUGUGUGAAGAGGCUCUAGUGGCAAGCAUGUCUUCAGCGUUACUGCCUCCUCAACUCCUUUGCCCCUUCUGACCUCCGCACCCUUGGCAGACCCCCUGGGGCUGAGGCAUAGCUGUGGGAGGCCAGAGUCUAGACACAGGAAGGAAGAAUUGGUGUCAAGCUUCACCGACCCCUUGUCCCUACCCAGUGUCUGGGCAGAAUUGGCCAAAUUUAGGGGCCUGCUGUCUGCAGACUGAGGAAUUUCAAUUUUGGAAUAUCAUGUUUCCAAAGAGAAACUCUGGAAAGCAAAUUGUCAACUACAAUUUUUCUUUUGACUUUCUUGAUGUCCUUGGAGAUGUUUCUUGGGGAACAAGGGCUCAGAAGCCUGGGUGCCCCCUCCUUUUUGCCAGCAGAUUUCAGACCAUUCAAACCCUGCUGGACAGGAGGUGUGAGGUGUGUGCGGCAGCCUCACCCCAGGCCAGUGCCCUGCACCAUUGCCCCUCAAGCCACUUUGGACCUGCCCUGUGAUCCCUGCCCUGCUGACCUCAGUUAUCCAAGUAAUAAACCCCAUGCCCUCGUGGUGUGUGUGGCAUUGUCAGUCUUGACCUCUGAACCAAAUUGGGGGGCGGUGGGCAUCCAGCCUGCAGGUAACAGUAAGAAUUGGAGUUGGUGCUGUGAGCGGAAUAUCUACACGAUGGCACCCCAGAGUUCUACCUGCUCAUGCUUUGGCUCACUAUCCUGGCCACUGUCUGCAAGCCAGCAUGCAUUCACCCAUGCCACACAUGUUGCAUUGUCAAGUCCAACAGAGCCUUUGUUAGAGAUUUAGCUGUCCUAAAUCACUUGACAAUUACUUGGUGUUUAGGGACAGCAGUAUGGGAUUGGAGCCCUCCUUAAAGUGGCCCUGAGUUGUGUGUCUGAUCCCAGACCUAUCUGUGUACUUGAGACCAGGGCUGCAGCUGACUCUAGCUCAGGGGAGAGACCAUACCCUAUGUGAGAUCUGUGUUCAUUAGGUGGCCACUCAGAAGGAACACAUUUGCAAGGAGGCAUUAGGUGGCAUGCCAAGUGAAGUCCACACUCCAGAGAGCAGAUGCUCACUAAAACCCUUGAAUACUGCCACCAUCCCCACAAAGAUCCCGAUUCUCUGGAUUCUAGGGAAGAACACCCCCAGCACAGCCAAGAGAUUAAUUCAAACCCAAAUUAAGCCUGUAAAGCAAUUGUUGCUAUUGGAAGGCCUUCCAGCUGCUGAGGCCACCUUGGUACAGUAUAAAGCCAAACCUGGGCCCUCUGGCAUAUUCCACAUGCUGAAGGGGCAGCCUCCUCUGUCCUCAGUUACUGCCGGAUGCCAGGGUGUUGGAGGGCAGCCCUCCUCAGACCCUUUAACUACCUGGGGAGCCUCUUGGGAUGAACUAAGUGAAAAGCAGUGAGAAUUCACAGACUAUACAAGCAGUGCUGCCAACCACCAUAGGUGAUGGAGCUCGAUGGGGAGUCGCUGUUCCUCAUUUUUUAACCAGGAUAUCCCCAAGCAUCAGCACAAUUGGCCAAAUUCCAGGAAAUUAUCUUACCACUGGAUGGCCUGGCUAAUGAAUGGCGCCAUCUGCACAUUUUUACAAACUCUAGUGUCAUUGCCUAAGAUUUACCCUCUUUAGGGUAAAGAACUCUCAGAAUCUCCUGCCUCACAGAUAGAUGUCCCAAAAUAUCAGCCAGGGUCUUAGAUGUCUCUACCCAUACACAGGCCACAGUACAAGGUCUCACCAGGACACCCUCAUCCCCUCUGUAGUAGCUGAGGCAUUCUUGUCGUUUCCCAGAAUACACAAUGCUGAGCUGUUGAAGAAGGAUUCAGUGGGAUUUUCAUCUCCCUCACUAGCCUCAGGCUCCAGUUUGCAAGAGUGCUGUAUAGCUUAUUUAAACAAGCACUAAUUCGAUUAAAUAUGGUGUGUUUCAGUCAUCAAAUAUCAGAGGCGAAUUAUGAGUGGUCUGGUUCCAUUUUUUGUUGUUUGCUGAUAGCUUUGGAACUUCAUCCCCCUUAUUCUCCAUGCCCACAUCUGGACAAGCUGAUAAGAAAGCUGGGUGCUCUCUCCUUUGACACCAGCAGAAGAUUGAAACCACAUAAGCCUUCACCUAUGCUUGGCAAUCCUCCCACCCAGCAUACCCACUGACCACAAUAAAGACCCUAAGUCAGUGUCCCUUUCUUGACUGUCCUCAGGCCAUUUCAGAUCAGUUUGAGAGGCCUUCCCCACUCCCCAGAUACCUCCUUUCCAUGCCUUCAAAAAAAAGAAGAAGCACUAAGCACUCUCUGGCCCCCAUACCUUCCACUCUGCUCUUUGGUUUAUGGGCAUCAACAAAUUCCUCUGUGUUGUGACUUCUCUGAAAGUUCCCUUCAACUUCCUGGGUUGUUUUGUGUUUUUUUUUUUUUAAAUAUUUUAUUUAUUUAUUUAUUUAUUUGAGAGAGACCAUGAGCAAAGGGAGAGGUGGAGGGAAAGUGAGAAG